AUGUUACACAUUUUCGAACCAAUUUUAGAGGAGCCAUCGGAACAAACACAAGAGGAAGGAAAAGAAAACCCAAUUUUAAUCCAUGGUGCCUGUGGGACCCUUACAGAUGAAAAGCAAGGUAACAGACAUUACGGGCAAAUUAGCAAAAGGUUGUGUGGGUUUUAUGAAUGGAAUUACAAAGGUUUUUCAGAAAGAACAUUAACAGGGCAAUGAAAAGAUAGAGAAAGUAGAGAGACCGACGAUGAAGACAAAAUGUUAAACCUCUAUCACGGUAGCCGGCUGCGAGGAAGGUCUUUCGUUGCUCGCAGGCUAUAGGUACUAUCAGUUAGGAAAAACUGAACAUUAACUGCAAAUAAAAAACAAACGAAUAUGCCGUAUGGCGUAGGAUCAACAGGAGAUAUAAUCAGCGAAAAUAUAUACCAAGUAAACAUAAUUCUGCAAAGCUGAUCGGACUACGCAAAAAUUAACUUUGCAAAACAUGUACGCGACACCGAUACACAUCGGCCGAGACCCCGAUCUGUUUUAAUUCUAUUGGUGUCGUGUUUAAAUCUUGAAAAGUGAAUUUUUACGUAUUACGUACAGCUGUUCAGAUUUCGUCUCAUCAUUAUUUUUUGCAUCUUUACUAAACAUAGUUUAAAGCUUCCACAGAGCUUCCUAUUAAUUGUUCUAGUCCCUCUCAGGAGACCUUCCGCGGCAUCUGCGGUUUCUUAACGCCACCUCGCCCAACCUCUAAUUUCUCGUAAAUAUUAUGUUUAUUCGUUUCCGUUAUGGCGAAAUAAAUAAAUGUAAAUGAAAAAAUCUAGCCUUAAAUAUCAAUCAAAAGAAAUGAUUUAUCUCAAGAGACAUCUCUUGUUUACCUUAUAAUCAAGCCCCUGGAUAUCUGUGAGAGUCAGACUUAAGGCAUUUAGCAUCCGGUAACUUUACUUAACCUGGAAAAUUCAUGUUUCCUUGUUAAAACACAGUAAGCAUAAUUGUUUGAUUUGUGUUCUAUUUCAGAUGACGGUCACAAACAAGAUGGUAAAAGGAACCACUGGAGAAAGAAAGAGGAAGGCAAAAAAUUGAAAACUAAAGCGCAAGGAGACACUAGUCCAGGUGAUUAUGAAAAUGCCUACCCGUAA